CACGUGGAACGCUGUUGUGAAGCGGUGUGGCGUCAUGUCCUGCGGUGGGGACGUUUGACGUGUACGUUUGAUUUACGGAAGAAGGGUUAGGGAAAAGAAGAUGAGUGUCAGUUAAUGUCUGUUAGUUUACUAUAUAGGGUAAAGUAUGCCGCGGUAUUGCGUAGCCUGCUCUUGUAAAUACCGUGGAGGACAAGCAGUUAAAGACAACCGCCGACUGAGCUUUUAUCCGUUUCCCCUGCGGAAUAAAGAAAGGCUUCGACAAUGGCUUCUCAAUAUGAAGAGAGAACAGUGGGUUCCUACCAAGCACCAGUUUUUAUGCAGUGACCAUUUUACUCCUGAUUGUUUUGACGUGCGUUGGGGGAUUCGAUACUUGAAACAUACUGCUGUGCCAACUAUUUUUUCCACUGCCGGUAUUAUUCAGGAAAGAAACAAUUCAAAAUGUAAGUUUCGAAAGAGGAAAGAUGCUGUUGAUCAGUCUGUUACAAAUCAGGAGAACUGUUGCUCUGAUGGUACACUUAAGAUCAUUCCAGAAGUCGAAAGUAUGAUGAGUGAAGAACCAAAAGAAAGUGAAAAUAAAUGUUCCACUAUUUUCACAAGGCACAUUCAGAGGAACAAACAUGCCUCUUUACAGACGGGUGAAAGUGAAAACAAGAUUAGACCCGAAUGCCAACUUGAAAAUUCCUCUCAAAAUAUAAAAUCAGUUGUGGGCAUUACAGCUAAGACAGACUUAUUUGAGAUGUGUUCCUUGUCUCAGCACAUUGUAAAGAGCACAGAUGCCUCAGUGGCUGAAGGAUGUGAACAACUUAAUACAAAAGUGCAACCUGUUGCUCCGCUUGUGUCUGAGGAUCAGCCCUCUGAAAUAGCAGAUUGUGGUGUUCGGCUAGAUUCAAAUGUCUCAUUUAUUUCAUUGCAGAAUAAUGACAAUAGUGUAACAUCAAGUGUUAUUACUCAGACUAGUGAGCAGUUCAGUCAAACUGAUGACUCCGUUAUCACCGUUAUACUGAGUGACAGCUCUGAGGACAUUGCAGAAUCUGCCUGCACUCUUUUGACCAACCAUCACUUUGAAAGUGGGGAUCAGAUGGAAACAGAUGCUGUUUGUUUCAGUGAAAGUUCUGGAGUUGACAGUUUGCAAAUAGAACAUUCAUAUUUCCGUCAGGGUGCUGAUGUUGAUUACCUUUGGCAAAAAAUUGCAAAGCUUCAUGCAAAGGUAACUUUAUUGGAGCUACAGGAAAAAAAGACACUAGCCCGACUAAAAUCAUUAGAAACUCUUAUUGAGCAAUUAAGACAAGAAAAUGUUAUUUCAAAAGAAAAACUUUUAGAGAGUUAUUAUGCAGCAUUUGAAAUGGCUUCAGUAUAGCUGACCCCACUGUCAUGCAUGCCUUUUGAGUGGGAGCGGCACUAAUGGUGUCAUGGCUCCUGAAGAUCCUUAUGGAAGAUCCUUAUGGAUUCCACAGCUUUGGUCCGACUUUCCAAGGCUAGGAGAAGUUUGGCGUUUGGGAGGUUUGGCUGUGCCAUCUUACAAGCUGCUGAAGCAGGAUACCUGUGGCCCCCAUACCUUAUUUUAGCAGUGACAUUCAGACGUUUUGGUCAUCCCCAUUUAUUUAGUCAUAGAAGUCAUUACCGUACUUUGGCAGCAGUUUGUGGAGUAAUUGUUGGCUAGUGCAUUGUUGCCCUUUUUGUAGUUGAACAUUUCACCUUCAAAAUGCUAUUUUGUUGUGUUUUUGGGUAUAUUCAUUUGAUAUACCUUUGAUCCAGGUUUCACUUUUAAUCAUAACCUCUAGGUAUGUUUAACUUGUUCUGUUUUUUUGUCACCUAGGGAUCAUUUGCAACUUCAUAACUGACCCCUUAGUUUUCAACCAUUAUCUCUGUUGCACUGCUAUAUUCACAGAAAGUCUGCCAGUUAGCUGGGAAUAAAUUGCAUUACAAGUAUUCCCAUUAUGUUUUUAAACAACAUGCCAUUUAUGAGUAAACUGCUGUAUACAUGCAUACACUGAAUCGUCCUAUGUCAGCAGGAGUAAGGUGAAAUGAUUGCACCCUUUUUAAGAUAUGUCAAUUGUUUUCUUUUUCGUAUCCGUUUUCCAUUUUUACACUGUGUCUUCCUAUGUCAGGUUUAGCUGUAGUACCAUCCGCUUAUGUAUUCCUGAGAAUUAGUCUUUUGAUGACGUUGGUAUUUAAAGCUGUGAUUUGUAGCAGCUUCUGGGUUUUUUUACAGUGCUUAGGACACUGCAGUACAUAACGCUGAUCAGAUACAGUGCUUAACUGCCAUUAGUGCAGGCAGCCAAGCUCAGUGCAUAGCACAGGCCAACUGGGGAAUUGGACGAAAGGCUUCCAUAAAAAUCCACCUAUUGGUUUAUACUUGCCUCUGAUUACCUGCUUAAAAUGCUGAGCACUUGUUAGUAAGUCUCCUCUAAUUGCAGAAAUUCUUCAUGCACAGUUUCUGUAUUAAAGUGUAGCUCUUUAUUAUUAGCUGGAAGCCACAGUAGUGCCUAGCAGAAAAGGUGGUGUUGGCGCCUCUUAUCUUUGUGCAGAGAAGGCUUAUAAUUGGUUCAUCGGACAAACUGAUGCAAAUAAAAAUUAAAUUUUUGGA